AUGCUGGAGAAGCUCAAUUUUGACCAAUUCGGUCCAACUGAUUAUGCGGCCCAUCGGUUUGGCGGGGAAGUAAUAUCCGUUUCGAGCCACAUACCGGGAGCAAACGAUACGCUAAUGCAAAAAUUCCAAAAUAUGCUGCCAUCGUUCUCCGAUAACCAGAAGCAAUGCAUCCUGCAGAACUGUGGAACGUGCUACGCCAUUCUAGGGAGCAAAGGAUCAGUGGUGAUACGAUUGAUGAGCAGGAUCUGGCUGCAUUCGAUAACGAUUGAGCAUUUUCCUCGACACGCCUAUCCGCGAUCCCAGACGUACAGCGCAAUGAACGAGUUUGAGGUUUGGGGAACCAAUGAUCCUUCGGAUCCUAAGACCGACACUUGGUACGGGAACUUUCGGUUUGAAUACGAGCACGAUUUCUUGGAAACCUUUCAGCUUCGCCAGAAUUCUGUAAAGCAGAGUGUUCGUUACGUGCGCGUGAACAUUCUUUCGAACCACGGCAAAGAGUAUACCUGCAUUUAUCGGUAA